AUGUCGGUCCCUUCCACCAUGAAAGCGGUCGUCAUUGAGCAGACCGGAGGUCCAGAAGUGUUACAGUACAAGACCGAACAUCCUGUCCCCACACCCAAAGAAGGCCAGCUCCUCGUUCGCAAUCACAUCUCCGGCGUCAACUAUAUCGACACCUACUUCCGCACCGGCCUGUACCCGUCCCCCAAGCCCGAAGUUCUGGGCCGCGAAGGCGCAGGAACCGUUGCCGCGCUGGGCCCCAACACCAGCGGCUUCCAGGUGGGCGAUCGAGUCGCAUGGCUGGCGACGGCCGGGUACGCCGAGUACACGGCCGUGCCUGCGGACAAGACGAUCAAGAUCCCCGACGGAAUUCGCGACGAGGACCUGGUCGCGGCGUUUCUGAGCGGAUUGACGGUUCUCACGCUGGUCAAGGAGACGUAUGCGGUGCAGAAGGGUGAUUGGGUGCUGUUGCACGCUGCGGCCGGGGGUGCGGGUUUCUUGAUGACGCAGGUGCUCAAGUCGAUGGGGGCCAAGGUCAUUGGGACGGCUGGUGGUGCCGAGAAAUGUGCGCUGGUGAAGAGUCUGGGAGCCGACGUGGUGAUUGAUUAUCGCAGUGACGAGGGCCGGGAUUGGGUCCAGUUGGUGAAGGAGGCGACGGGAGGUCGGGGCGUGGAUGUGGUCUACGACUCGGUGGGUAAGGAUACGUGGGAGGGCAGUUUGGAGGUCGUCAAGCGCAAGGGUACGGUGGUCUGGUUUGGCAAUGCCAGUGGACCUGUGCCUCCUUUGCCUCUGCAGAAACUCUCUCCCAAGUGCGUCAAGGUCGCUCGGCCCAUGCUCUUUGGAUAUAUUGAGACUCGGGAGGAGUUUGAAUUCUACACCCAUGAGUUGUUCAAUCUGCUCAAGUCUGGUCAGCUGAAGGUGAAGAUCCACAAGGUCUAUCCCAUGGAGGAUAUCAAACAGGUACACGAGGACCUGGAAGGCCGCAAGACGAUGGGCAAGUCUCUUGUGAAGCCUUGA